CACGCUCUGCGACACUCUGCGGCUCUUGGAAUGCCAAUCAAAGUGCUUGCCAAUCAUUUAAAUAUUUCCUCAACUUUUUUACGUAAUCCCAACUUUUCCUGGAGGAAAAAAUGAGUUGACCCAGACCGCUGGGAGCACCGGAAAUUACCCCCAGUUAUACCCACUUGGAGGAUUUUUUUCUGUGAGAAUUUGUGUGAAAUUUUGUGGAAAUGAAGUGAGAUUUUUUUCGUGGCUGAAAAAUGUUUCUUCAGAGAUUUGUGAAUUCUGCACGAAAGUGCUUAGCAAGGAAACGCUAUCUUGCCUUUUUGGUGCUUCUAAUCUCAUCAACCGUCUUUUACUGUACCAUCUUCCAUCUCAACGUUAUUUGCUUCCGAGGGAAUCUCGAGAAGAAGAUUUCGACCAUUUGCGAUAAAUUCAAUAGGAAUGAAUUUAGUGGAUCACUCUGCAAUGAAAUCUGCUCGCAUAGGAGUACUUUUCACUGCCCUGAGAAUGCUUCAAAGAAUAGAAAAUUUGCCUUUGUAAUUGGGAAUGAGGGUACGAAGAAGAUAACGGUCAAGGAAGCCCCAGAUAGUGUGGAUCCCCUAAAGUGGCUGGACCGCGAUGGGCAUCAACGCUUUCCGUCCGAAGUGGAAUUUAUCCGUAUGGUCAAUCGGACUGUCUUCUUCAAGUACAACGCCUCACUGACGUUGCCCGAACUGAGGGAAUUCCUCAAUCUGAGGAUUCACUUUGGUGACACAGAGAUCUUCCAUCGCUUCAUGGAUGAUGCCUGGAGGUUGGUGAACGACAAUGACUACAUGGUAGCUAAGAUUUGGGAUGGGAGGGAGCUCUUCCCCAAGAUCUAUGGCUCAUGUGGACCCUUUUUCGGUGAGGAGUACAUCUCCGCAUUUGAGGGAUCCAAUCAUCUUGAAAUUAUGAGUGCCACAGAUUGGAAACAUCGCAUACAGAAAGCCGUCUUAAUUCUCGACUUUGUCGAGGAGCUAGAUAGUAAUUUCAUAACACUGUGUGAUAUAAAAUUAACCAAUUUCGGCAUAUCAGACAAUAGAUUGAAGUACAUGAACUUGGAGCAUGUCUUCGCAGCCCCAUUCAUGGAUCGCUACCUUUCGGACGCUAAGACGUGCUGGAAGGAUGUGCAAUGUAGCUUUAAGGCUUGCCGCAGCAAGUGUAGCAAAAACAUUGAAAAAUGCACAAAUAGACAAAUGAACAAUAAUCUGCAAAUUGCUUGUGAUAAAAUUUUUAGAGGAUCCACCUACUCACCUGGACUUCUGGUUACAUCGCGUUCCACAAAGAUUCUGCUCAAUUUGCUGGACCAAUGCGCUGAUCCGCAGAAUAAUAUUGAAGCUGACCCCUACAGACCACUAGGACCUUCGAAGGAGAUUCGAAAUGCCAUUUAUAUGGAGCUAACGAACAUUUACGAUAGCCUUACCUUCAUAAAUUGAUAUAUCCCAGGGAAAAUGGGGCAAUUUUGGGGCAAAUAUUGGGUGUAGUAAUGGAAAUUAGUGAAAAAUCUGCAAUGCAGAGAAAAGGUGAUGUGAUCGACGGUAAAUUAUUUUAUUCAAAAAAUUAAGAAGACGGAUUGUGAAGAAGACGGUUAAUGUUAAUUGACUUGAAGCCCUGAAGAAGGACUUAUACAGUCCGAAAGGUCUAAAAGUUUAUUUGGGGGAACACUGUGAAAUUGCAGAUAAAAUGCCGAUAUGAUGUAGAGAAAUUAUCGAAAAAAUGCUUAGAAUUAAUCUGUUUUGUUUAUUUCGUAUUAUUCUUUUAUAAAUAUUUCAAAACAUAAGUUAAAUUGUUUAAAACCUGAUCGAUUAAAACCCGUAUCAGCAUUUUUGAGAUGUUAUCCGAAAUCUUCAUUAUUUGCUCGACAUUUUCUCACAGUAAAAUUAAGACCAAAACACAAGACCCACAUUUGUCCCACAAUUGCCCCACAUUCCUUUUUCUGGAAUACAAAACUUCCACAUUUGAGGAGAUUCCCUUUUUAGAAUAUUCAAUGCAAAUAUUCCCUGUAAUCCUGCACAUUUUUAAGCCCAAAAACCAUUUUGCCGCC